AUGUACGACGAUUUAUGCACUUGUGUUCAGUUGUUGCAGAAAUUGCAUAGCUUACAGAUUAUACUUACAACGUGGCUAAUGUUUUCAAGUGCUGUCAGCGCUGUGGCGCUCGUCAGCACUGAGAAGACAGACACCCCAUGGCUAUCAGCUGUUAAUGGACUUUUUCCCUUCUUCUGGUACAGCAUCGGUUGCUACAUCGACGAUCAGAUCAGACAAGAAGUUGAGAGGACAGAUCUCAUCAUAAUAAAACUCCUAAUCGACUUUCGCUGCGAUGACACCACUAAAGAUAUCCUCAACGUGUUGAAGCAAGCGAUAAGUAUUAACACCCUGCAGUUCACAGCAGGGAACCUCUACCGCCUCAACUACGCCACCAUGUUGGGGACUCUUGUUAGUGUAAUCACAUACAGUAUAAUCGUCAUUCAAUUGUUUUAA